CAUGUGUGCCUCUGAACUCCAGAGCUCCCAGUAUCAAGCUGAUGGCCAGAGUCAGUAUGAGUCAGAUCACGCUCAUUACCAGUUUGACGGGCAGCAAUUCUACCAGUCACAUGUCCAGCCCGAGAGAGAAGAUCAUGCACGGUAUGUGCAGGAGGGAUAUGUACACUUUCUCGUCUCGAGACACUCCCAACAGGACGGUGCAGCAGGGAUGAUGAUAAAGACGGCCUCCAGUGAGGACGCUGCUGAGGAAAUGGAUAACAGAGAAGAUCCUCCCUCCUCUGCAGAUCUGUCAGGCGGUUCGAAUCAAAGGAGAAAGUUAGCAGCUCCACCAAUGAACGUGUCACUGGACCGCAGCGAGGGAUCUCUUCUCUCAGAGGAUGCUCUGGACACAGAGGACGAGGCGUUGGAUACUGGUGAUGACCUGGAUGUCAACAUAGAUGAGCUGGACACACCCGAUGAGGCCGACAUACCAGACUUCAACGGACGCGGGGAUGAGUCUGAUCUGGGUGCAGGAGCAGCAUCAAGCGAAGGGCUUGCAGGACAUAGAGCAGCUGAGGAGAGCAGGGAAAACAGGCUGUGGAGGAGCGUGGUAAUUGGAGAGCAGGAGCAUCGCAUUGAUAUGAAGUGCAUUGAGCCAUACAAAAGAGUUGUUUCUCAUGGAGGUUAUUAUGCGGAACAGAAUGCCAUCAUCGUGUUUGCAGCAUGCUUCCUACCGGACAGCGACUGUGAAAAUUACAACUAUGUAAUGGAAAAUCUUUUUCUGUAUGUAAUAAGUACUUUGGAACUAAUGGUGGCAGAAGAUUACAUGAUUGUUUACCUGAAUGGCGCCACACCCCGCAGGAGGAUGCCCGGCUUCACCUGGAUGAAAAAGUGCUACCAAAUGAUAGACAGAAGACUGAAGAAGAACCUUAAGAUGUUCAUUAUUGUCCAUCCUUCCUGGUUCAUACGGACUUUGCUGGGGAUCACCAGACCCUUCAUAAGCUCCAAGUUCAGCAGCAAGAUCAAGUAUGUGAACAGCCUGCAGGAGCUUGGAGAAAUCAUCCCGAUGGAGUAUGUCCACAUUCCACCCAGCAUCAUAAAACUGGAUACAGAACUGCAAGACACAGCAGCUAAAGCCGACAAGAAGGGGAACUCUUUUGUUUGACAGUUUCAAGAUACCUGGCUGCUGCCGAUCUUCUUCCUGCAUUAUGCUGUACCCUGCCGCAGCAUAUCUGAAUAUAAGCCUGCCUGGAGCAUUAUGUGUACGGCAAAUAGUUGUUACACCAACAACUAGCAACGGGAUAGAAAGGACAAUGCUGCAGUACAAAACAUCAGGCAGUUGCUUGUUCACUGAAGAAAGUACUAACCUGAGGGUGCCGAACAUAACACUGUUUUUCCAGUGCAGAGUCUGUCACUGUGCUGAAGACAAGAUGCUUUAUCCUGUAUUACUGUCCCUUACACAGCACUUGUUUGUGUUGCCCAGUCUGUCUCUGUUGUUUUCUUUGACUUACUCUUUAAUUUGAACAAUAGUUUUAUUCUCAUGUAAUUCACACGGAAGAAUUACUAACUUGCUUUGUUAUAUCCAUGUAUUAAUCUAUACUGUUAGCCGCCAUCUGCCAUACUGGUUGUAACCCAUGGGGAUAAAUAUAAGUGCAGAUUUUAUGAAGCCAUGGCGAGGGUCAUGACUCUUUCACCUUAUAACCAAACACAUGCAAGUAUAAGUUGUAUUACAGCCCAUCUUCUUACAAAUACAUGUUUGUGUUGCCUGGUUAAUCGGGAUGUUACUAUACUGUCGCUCUGUCAAUGGUAAUGUUUAGGGAUAUUUAAGCUGUCUUUUAGGUAGUAGAGGUUUUCAAAAAUAUGAUUAGAAUAGUUUUUGAUGACGUAGGUGGCUCCAGUCAGAGUGGGUUUUUACAUGAUGUUGCCAUCUUAUUUAGCACCUUGUACAAUCUUUAAUUGGGCUGUUCUAAUAACACUGUAUGUCACUGUGAAAAUAUUUGCGACAUCAUAGGUAGCAAAGGUAGCAAAACAGUAAUUAUCUACGAUGGCCCUGAGAGCUCAGCGCAUAUGCAAGAAGAAGAACAUGUACAAUAGACAAAACACAAGCAAAUUAAGAAAUUCACUGCAAGUUUCAGCCAAGUUUCUGUGUUUGAUUGUGUUUUCUGUUUUUGCAUGUGUGUUCUCAAAUAGCAAUGCAUUAAGUUCUCGGGGCCACCGUAGUUUUCAGUAGCUACAGUAAUGUGUUGCAUGCUUUCAGUUGCGACAGUAUGAGAUAAUCUCAUUACUCACCCAAAAGCAGAACUGUGUACCAGUGUAAUUUUAGUCAUGGUUUAUUUUGUGUGUGUGUGUGUGUGUGUGUGU